AUGGCUCAAGCUUGUUUAACCCAAUAUUUUACGCCAAAACGAUCAAGACAUUCUUCAACCAUACUCGCUAAUGGUGAUUCAAUAAAAUCACAGAAACGAAAAUUAAGAAUUGACGAUGAAAAUAAUGAAAAUGUUUGUUCAUCAUCAAAUAACACAAAUAAAAAACGACGAAUCAGUCCAUCAAAACCAACGGAUGGUUAUCUACAGGGUUGUGAUUUAGAUCAAAUUGAUAAAUUACCAUUAACAAGAAAAAAUCGUAAUCAUGAUAUGAAAGAUGAGAAAAAAAUAAAAACUUUCGAACGUCAAAAACAAUGUUUAGUAAAAGUAGCCGAUAUGGAUGAAUUACGUAAACAUUUAAAAGCAGUUCGUACUCAUAUUGAUGAAGUUAAACAACACCAAAAAACAACUUUACCAUCAAAUGAAAAUGCAAAUCAAAAACCAACUCCGUUCAUUCCGGCUCAUGAACGUUUUGCUCAUCUUCUUGUUGAAAAACCAUCUAUCAAUGAAUCAUCAACAACACCGAUAAAAAAAAUUGCUUCGCCUGCAGAUAUUCGUCGAUAUGUUCAAGUGUCAGAAAAUGAACGAUUAAAAAAAGUUUUAUCUAAUGUUGAUCAAUCGAUUGUUGAAUCUUUACCAACAACACCAUUAAAACGUAUUGCUGGUGUAAAUAAUCGUUUACUUGAACAAAUACGUUUAAAAGAAGAAUCACGUUGUCAAUUAAUUUCACUUGAAAAUACGGGAUUUGUUAAGAAUGAAGAACAACGUGGUAAAACUUAUGAAAUGUUUCGUCGUAUGCGAGAAUCAAUAGAUAUUAUUGAUCAAUUAUUUACAACAGAACGUCAAGUUGCUUUGGAAUGUGAUCGUAUUCGUAAUAAAAUUAUUGAAUUACAUACAGCUCGAUUUAAUCAUGAUCAAGCAAAUGAAAUCUUAGAUUUUAUUAUAAAAUCUAUGGAAGAAUGUGCACCUGGUUAUAUGUUACCAAUUAAAUUACGAAAUAAACAAUACAUGAAAAUUAAUCGAGCACAUAUAACAAUGACUCAAUUAAAUGAAUUAAAUAUGGUUCUACUUAAAGAAAUUUCAGAAGGAAUUUGGGGUCUUACUGUUGGACCAAAUACUUCAUCCGACGUAGUAACUGAUCAUCCGUUUCGUUUAACAAUGGCUGCACUUGAAAUUAAUGAUGAAAGUAAUUCGGCAUCAAAAGGAGUUACUCGUGUAACCAUCAAAUCAAGUACUGCUGAUAAAGGACCAGUAACAGAUUUAAUUUUAUGUAAUUUACAUUAUCCACAAUGUCUUCAACAACCAUUAGAUAUUGAAUUUUAUGAAGGACAAACACUUACAUUUGGUGUGAAAGGAUCACAUAAAGUACAUCUAACUGGUUAUAUUCUUCAAUCAGAACCCCAUGAAAUGUGCGAGGAAGGUCAUGAACACUGUGGUACAAAACAUGGUCAUUUUGAAACAGCUAAUGAUUCAAGUGAUGACGAUGAUGAUGAUGACGACGAUGAUGAUGAUGACGACGAUGAUGAUAGUGAUGACGAUGAUGAUGAUGUUGAAGGUUUUCAAGUAGCUGGUCGCCAUAAAUUACGUGAUGAUGAAGAUCAAGACUUAGGAGCUGAUUAUGAAGAUGGUUACUUUCCAGGAGAAGAUCAAGUAAAUUCAGACUCAUCUUCGUCAGAUGAUGAAGAUAAUGAUAAACAAAAGAAAGCAUCAGCAGCAUCUGAUAAAGGUAAAAAACGUGCACGUUCCGAAUCAAAUGGUCAUUCAAAAAAAGAAGAAUUAGAAACCAAAAAAUCAAAGAAAAAUAAGAAUAUUAAAGAAGAACCAGUGACACCAAGUAAUAUUGAAUCUAAAAAAACGAAAAACGCAGCAAAAGAAACAACCGCAACACCAUCAAAUGAUACAUCUGCAACCACUAGUACAACUGCUGAUGCCAAAAAAAAGCCAAAUUCAUUAGAAAUAAAAGACCUACAAGUUGGAAAUGGACCAGAAGCUAAACUUGGAAAAACUGUUGCUGUUUAUUAUACUGGUCGACUUAAAAGUAAUAAUAAACAAUUUGAUUCAUGCACGAAAGGAAAACCAUUUCGAUUUCGUCUUGGUGCAGGUGAAGUUAUUCGUGGUUGGGAUCAAGGUGUUAAAGGUAUGCAUGUGGGUGGCAAGCGACGUUUAACAAUUCCACCAUCAUUAGCGUAUGGUAGUCAAAAACUACCAGAUAUUCCAGCUAAUUCAACACUUGUAUUUGAUGUUGAACUUAAAAAUGUUUUUUAG